AUGGCAACCACCGGCCUCAAGCAGCUCUCUAAUGCUCUCGCCACCUUCGAUCAGCUCUCCAAUUCCUCCUCCUCAAUCGAUGGCGUAUCAUCGGAUCUUGAAACUUCGAUCCGCUUUGCUGGAGCCCAACUUACCCAGGCAGCUGGUGUCCUAUUGGGCCUUUCGCAGGACAUAAUAGCCCAAGCAAUUGUGAUUUUCACCCGCUUCUGGCUGGGCCCAGAUGGAGGAAGCUUACGAAUCUACUCGGCCAAGGACGUUUCAGCGGCUUCACUCUACCUGGCAGCCAAGCUAUCUUUCCUUCCAACCUCCCCUCGAUCCGUCCUUAAUGUAUAUACCCUCCUUCUCACACAAGACGUGUCGCCACUGUGGUUUGUAAAUCCGCGUGGGGCGCCGGCACAGCCUCCUACUCCAGAAACCUACGUCCUCUCCGAGGGUGGAUACCUAGCCGCCAGGUUGACGCUUUUACGCGUUGAGUCGGUCAUCCUGCGAGCUCUUGGUUUCGAUACACAUGUCGCUCUUCCUCACGCUAUUGCCCUCACAUACCUGCAAGCGUUGGGCGCGACAAAACCUGCAGUGGCCCGCCGCGUGGUGGCGCACCUCAACGCUGCACUCCUCUCUCCCCAAUUACUUUAUGUGACACACCAACCAAAUGCGCUCGCUGUUGCAGCAAUUUAUCUUGCAGCGCGCGAGGAAGGGACCAAGCUGGUAGAUGCUAAUUGGUGGGAAGUCUUUGAUGUUGACCGGGAACAACUCGGAUUUCUAGUUGUGGCAAUGAGAAGCUUAGAGGGCUUUGCGCGGAAAGAAACAGAGCAGUGGAAAAACAAGACUAUUCCUCUGGUGGUAGACGAUCUCGAAUCCGAGAUUGAAAGACGGCGGAUGAUGGAUGAAGGCGAGUGA